CCUGUCGUUGUAACCAUGAUUCCCCGAGGUGUUAUCGUCCUCGGAGUCCUACUCGCCUCCGCCUGGGCGGAUCCACUGCCGGAGAUCAGCGGCCUGGACGACUGUUUCAAGAAAGACUCUAUUUCUUGUGUUCAGAUCCAGUUGUUCCGCAACGUCAGAUCCUUCUUCGACCAAGAGAGUGUCGAUCUCUUCGGCGGCCUGUCUCUGGUGAAGAACGCCGCCCCUAAGGACAAGACCGCCCGUGCCCUCGAGGAGUCCUCCGAAAGCCAACUGUUGGCCGCCAAGGAUGUCGACGAGAGAGAGAAUGUUUUGGAGUCCUACGCUCUAGGGAAGAUCUCCAACUUCUUCCAGGAGAGGAGCUUGUCUUGGAAUCUCUCCCCGGUGGUGAACGAAGUUGCCGCCACAGCCCGCAGCAUAGCCAGUAACAUCCCUCCAGAGGUCAAAGAAAACAUUUCCAACUUCAUCACUGAAGGACGAGGCAAGAAGAAGAAGCUGACCAAGUUGCUGCUCCCUCUGCUGCUCGGGUUGAAGGUCAAGUUAGCCGCCUUCGCCGGUUUAGCAUACAUCGUGAUCGCCCUCAUUGCCAAGAAGGCUCUGCUAGCAUCCCUCAUUUCACUGGCCCUGUCCGGAUUCGUCGCCAUCAGAAAGCUCUUGUCUCAGCACCAUCACGCGCCCGUCCACCACGAGGUUGCUCACCCUGUUGAGUACAGCAGCCACGGGGGCGGCUGGAGCGGGGGCGGCUACAGCAGCAGCGGCGGUGGAGGCGGCGGUGGCGGCGGCUGGGACAGCUACAGCGGCCACGGUGACUCACACGGAGCCUACUCCAACAACGUGGCCCAUUCCAUCGCCUACAGCGCCCAGAAGCCGGUCCGUAGGAGGUAGAGAAAGGAAUCUUGGAGAGUCCAUGGAAUCUUGGAGACUUCGUGAAGAGUUUGUAAAUAGUGUUAAUAUCAAAUAUUUAUUUCAUUUAUAAUAACCUAAUUUAUCAAACUCUAAAAGCUACCUGUUGCAUGCCACCGUAGAAUAGUCCGGCAUUGUCCUCUAACAAAGGCCUUUGUUCUUUAACAAAGAACUUUGACAAUUAUAAUUAGUACUAUAACGACGGCCAUAUAACUGUGAAUAGUCAGCACACCAUUUCCGAGUUUUGUCGGGACUGCACAUAUACCCCUCCUAGUAACCAUCAAGUCCUCUACGGUAGAAGUACAAAGUUCGUUUCCACUGAUUCUUUCAGUAGUUCUCAAUAUUCUCUGUAAAACCUGCCGUCACUUAGUCUGAUAGUUCCAUUACCUGAAAUAAACCCGGUUAUUUUAUCAAUUGCCGGAUCCGUCACCUUCUCAAGAAUAACACGUUUCUGUAUGAAAUUUGUUACCUCAAUCUUUGCUUUUAGUACGCCUUGAAUACUACCAUCUUUAAAAAGGCAGUUGCAUUUUGAGAUUAUUUGAGUCUUAAAUUUAAGUAAUUUCUAAAGUAUGACACAUUAGAGUGUUUAGAGUUUAACUCUUAAAAUUAUGUGGAAUAAUUCUACAUUUUAUAUUUUUCAUCUUUCAUCUUUUGAGCCUUAUUUUUUCACUGAUCAAUGAAUCAUUUUGAACUAGAAUCACAUUCUUUCUAGAUUAAUUUUUCUUCUUUCUCUUUCUUUUGAACACAGUUUUUCAUUACAUUUUCUCAAACUAAUAUCUGAUUUCCUUUCAUACAGUUCUUGCAACUUAAAUCUGUGGUCAAUAUCAUAACACUUCUUUUCUUCACUUCAGAGGCGUACUAACUGUUUUCAUUUUUUAUAAUUUAUAAGUACUACGUAAACAAUUUAAUUUAAUAGUAAUAUAACUUUAGCACAUAUAUUUCAAUUUUCUUUUCGUAAAGCGGUGUAUUCCUUUCCACUUAUUGCACCUUUAAUCUCUUUUCUAUCAUUCAAAGACUUGAUUCGACCUAAUUCUCUGUGAUAUCUUUAAUUUAGAUCUGCUUUACAAGUUGUAGUAACCAAUAGACUUAAAUCUUGUUCUCUAUGUAAAUAUUUACAAUUAACCGCUUUAUAUGGACUGAUUUUAGUUUCUUGUAUCAUUUUGUAACCUAGAUCUUACUUAGUGCUAGUUUUAUUUAUUAAGGACAUGUUUCGUACUUCUUGUGGUGUUACAGUUUUUAUGUCUGUUUGUAAUUAAUACGUUGUAUUGUUCUGAGAGUUUUAGUAAUUAAUUAACCAAUUUUUGUAUUUACCAAAGAAAGUAUUUUCUUUAAUAAAGUUUGUUUAG